AUGGAGGUCAGCGAGCAAUGGCUAAAGGAUCAGAACAGGUUGGUCAACGUCAGCUACUUCGCUGCGGCGACCAUGUUCGGGGUCCUCGUUUUGCUGGUGGCCGUGAAAGUCAUCAAGUUGGUGGCUAGCUUCAUUUUGCCGGUCAGUUCGGGAUUUUUUUGGGAUUUUUGAGGUUUUUGAUACUUUUUGAGGUUUUUUGGGGUUUUUCUGGAUUUCAAAAUGUCAAAUUUGAUUGCUGAGAAUAUUUACGUAUAAGAUGACGUCAUUUUCUUUUGUUUACAACCGUAUUUUAGAAAGGAAAGAAGGGCAAAAAGGGUAAAUCAAAGAAGGCGUCGAAAAGCUCAAAGAAGACGUCCAAGAGCUCCAAGAAGGGAAAGAAGAAGUCUGUCGGAUCCAGCAAGUCCAGCAAGGUAUGUUUACACCAUUUCUAGUCCUCCUUUACCUUUAUCACAAUGCAUUUUAGAUUUUUUGUCUACGCACAGUGCGAAAAUUCGCUUGACUCAAAACGCACUGUGCCGUCAAAAUUUUCAAAAUUUUUUUGCUUGCACAGUGCAGUAUCGAUACUAGAAUUUACCUUGCACAGUGCACAAAAAAAAAUUUUCCUCUGCACUGUGCAAUUUUUCCGAUUUUGUUGAUUGCACUGUGCAGGCAGAAGAAACUUUUAUUUCUGCACUGUGCAGCCAAAAUUUUCAAAAUUUUUUUGAUUGCACAGUGCAGUAGCGACAUCAAAACUCGCCAUGCACAGUGCAGAAAAAAAGUUUUGCUUCUGCACUGUGCAAUUUUUCCAAUUUUGUUGACCGCACUGUGCAGUCAGGAAAAACUUUUAUUUCUGCACUGUGCCGUCAAAAUUUUCAAACUUUUUUUGCUUGCACAGUGCAGUAGCGACAUCAAAACUCGCCAUGCACAGUGCAGAAAAAGAUUUUGCCUCUGCACUGUGCAAUUUUUACGAUUUUGUUGACUGCACUGUGCAGUCAGGAAAACCUUUUAUUUCUGCACUGUGCAGCCAAAAUUUUCAAAAUUUUUUUGAUUGCACAGUGCUGUAGCGACAUAAAAAUCCGUUUUGAACAAUAAAAACAGUCUUUUGUCAUUGCAAAGUCAUUUUUUGCGAGAUUUUUUUUGAUUGCACAGUGCAGUUUGGCAAAUUUUCGAUCUCUGCACUGUGCAAAAAAAUUUUUUUUUCCGGAACCAUUUUAAAUUCUAUCCUAACAAUUCCAGACCAAAUCAAGCUCCAUUAAAAAGAAGAGAUCCAGUGCAAAGAGCGGCAAGUCCAUCGGUUCCGAAAGUUUGAAACUUCCCUCCUCCGAAAGCAGUAAGCUCUCGGUAGGUCUGAAAAUCUCAUCAAAUUCAGCUCCCUUUCCCCAAAUGACUCCGAAAUUUCAGGCCAUGACUAGCUCCCUGCCCAGCGAGCCCAGAAAGUCCGGAUGGAAAAAGGAAAUAAAGGAAGAGCCGCUGGGAAAAAUCGAGAAACCCAAGGAGCCGUCUGUCGCACAGGUCGCUGAAGAGGCUAGAGCAAAGUUCCACAAGCUGGAUGUGAAGCAAAAAGUGCAUGUUGCGCCACAUCUGUCGCAUCCCAACACGAUUUGUGAGAGGAAUUUGCACAAGGAUAAGAAGUCGUCGAAAGAGGAAGGAGUCAAAGACUUGCCGAAGAGUGGAUCGGAGGAAAAGCAUGUUAAGAUCUUCGCUGAUUCGAGUAAGUUAGAUUUUAGUCGAAAAAGUGGCGCAGGUAAUCGGUUUUGAACAGAGGGAAAGACUUGACCCAAAAAGGAAAACAUGACCCAAAUAGGAAAACAUGACCCAAAAUCAGAGUAGGCUGGGUGAUAUAAGAUCAGAAGGACUUGUUUAGCUUUGUGAAACACAAGGAAGCAGUAAUAGUUGCACUCAACCUGCUCAUAAGGCAAAAAGAGUAUUUUUUUGCCUAGGGGAAUAUAAUCAAAGUAUAAAAAAUCAGUCUUUUUUGAAGCAAUGAUAGAAAAGAUGGAUGAUUUGAGCCACGGUGAAGAAUAUAAAACAUAAUAACACACAAAUCCAGGCGUGAUAGGCGCAUUUCUCGACCAAUAGGAAGACUUGACUCAAAAAAGUAAGAGUUGACCCAAAACCAGACAAACAUUUCCUGAAGUCGCUGAAGUUGAUACGAGUAAACUUUCAUACCCCUCACAACCUUAAUUCCACUUUUUUUAGUAUUUUUUGCCAAAAAUGUAUAUUACUUUAGGUCACAACACCCAGACUACUGGAAAAUUUGAAGCGGCCCAGUCCAAAUGGCCUUCAUCUAGCGAUCCCAUUAGCACAGAAUCCUUCAGCCAGUUCAAGAAGGAGACUGAUGGUAGGUUACUAUCUAUUCUUGUGAAAAAUAAUUUUGUAAUUUUAGUUUCCGUCGGCUCGACUUGCACUCCAAUCUCCUGCCUGUCCGAGAAAUGCCUCGAACUUUCCAAGUCCCCCAUGGACAAACCAACUUCCAAUGUCAGCACUGCCGCUGAACCGUCGCCGACGACUCCAGGCCCGCCUUGA